AUGCCCCAGUACCAGUACCAGUGCCAGUGCCAGUGCCAUUACCAGUAGAGUAUACUACCCAUUUACCCACUACCCAGAACUAGAACCGAGGCGAACCGAUAGACGAUGUCCGGCAGCGACCAGAUGAUUGCCGUAUAUGCCGAGUGUACUGUAUAUGGGUAGUCCGUAGUCCGCCGUUUGUGCACAUUCACCAAUUGCCGGCGAUGGCAGACGGACGCACAGUGGCAAACGGCACAGGAGGCGGCGACGGAGGAGGUGCAUCCACAUCCACAUCCACAUCCACCAGAUACGCAAUCCUUGACUGCGACGGUGGUAGCGACGAUGCCUGGGCCCUGCUCCUGCUGCUCCAUGCGGCCGAGAGCCAUGGCAUCCACCUCCUGGCCAUCACCACCAUGGGCUGUGGGAACACCAGGCGGGAGAACGCGGCCCGCAAUAUGCGACGGAUUCUGGAUGCCUGCAAGCGCACAGACGUUCCCAUUUACCUGGGCGCCGUGGAUCCCAUGAUUCCCACCGAGGAGGACGACAAGAAGUAUUUCCAUGGUCGCGAUGGAUUCGGCGACUGUCUCGAGGAUGACCUCGGUCCCCUGGAGGGCAUCGUGGAGCCGGAGCAUGCGGUGACCGCCAUCCAUGACCUCUGCCGCGCCCAACCCAAACAGAUCACGGUUUUCGCCGUGGGCCCACUGACCAAUCUGGCCCUGGGCUAUACGAUGUACGGCUCUGAGUUCGGGGAGAACUUCCGUGAUCUGUUCAUCAUGGGCGGCAACUACCAGGGCGUGGGCAACUCCUCGCGAUCGGCGGAGUUCAACUUCCACUCGGAUCCGGAGGCGGCCCACACGGUGCUCCUGAAGACCCGCUGUCACAUCACCAUUCUGCCAUGGGAGCCCUGUCUCCCGGAUAGGUUCAACAUACCCAUUAACUGGCGCCUCAAGGAGUUUGCCGCCAGGGCCAAGGAGGCCGGUCAUCCGGCGAUCACCCUGCUCAACCAGGUGGAGGCCGCCCAGUGGCUGCCCAUGAUCGAGCAGUACGGGAUCGACACGUGGAACCCCUGCGAUGCCAUCGUGGUGGCCGCCUGGCUCUUCGGUGACCGGUUGAUCCGGAGGCACAGCACCUGGCACGCCACCGUGGAUCUGCGGGGCACCCACACCCGGGGCCAGAUGGUCCUCGAUCAUCUGCGGGAGCGCGAGAAGUAUCCGGAGAACGUGCGCAUCAUCGAGCUGGUGGACGUGGAGUUCUUCAAGAGAAUCUGCGAGUGGAUCGCCGGCCUGGACGACGGCGCCCUGCUGCGCGACACUCAAUAAACCCGUAUCUAUAGUGAAUCCCUC